UUUCCAUUUUUAUUUGAGCACAAACAUAAUGAUAUUGAACACAUGACGAAAUAUUUAUUAAAGGCGUAUCGUGUCCUGAUAUUGGGUAAAAUAUUGAAUGAUAACAAUUCAAAAUGUGAUAAAACCGAAUAAUUUGACAUUUUUUUAAUCAACAUUUUACAAAAUCCCAUACUUCCACACUAUAAAAAUGUUCGUUGGAAUGUAUAAAUUUGUGAAGCUAUGUUUCAGAACUGCGGCUAAAUGCGGCCAGUUGAGUAAUUUCAAAUCAUAUUUCAUGAAAUAUUGCAACAUUUAUUUUUGCUGUCCCCUUUAAAAGUAAGCAACGUGCCUGCUCAUAUUAUCCAACCAGAAGCAGCGUAAAGUAAUUAUCAUUACAAAAGCAUGUUUCAUUUUGUAAUUCGCCUGUAAGUCUGUUUAGGCCAUGUGUAGGCAGGAAUCUUUUGUUUACAAUCUGCAAGAAAUAUGCAAUGAAACAUAUUUUAUCAUUGCGGCAUCAAAGUGGCUAUAAAGGGAAUGUGUUGGAUGGUCCUCCAUGUCUUAAAACUCCUUGGUACCAGCAUGCGUUAACCCCAUGCAUGGAUCCUACGUCUGGAACAGUCCAUGCAUGGAGCUAUAAAACACAGCUCCAUGGAUAUCCAAUAUAUGGUUGCAGAAUGACCCUCGAUCGCGAUUGCGUGAUCGCUGGGUUGAGUCACAUGACCAACUGUCGGUUCAUGUACGCUGAAUCACAUGCCAGUCACAUUAUCAUAUGAAAAUUAUCUCCAUUUGGAUCAAAGCUAGUACGUCAUUCCCAAUGAUAUACCAUCGGUCGGUUUUAUGUGGUUUUAUUGGUGUGAUCAUAGUAGGAUCCUUGGUGUGAUAGAGACGCGGGCACGAGGCUGUGAAAGAAAAGAUAAAUGUUCAUCAAGAGUGCUUUAUUUGUACGGAGCCUUUAAAGUGCCAUCGACUUGACGACUUGGCGAGAUACUUUAUCUUGCCAUGUUGACUUUAUAUAUAAAACGUUAUAUGUCAACAAAGCGCGAUAUUUCAUCUUGCCAAGUCGACUUAUAAAACAUUAUGUCGACAUGGCUACAUAUGAAGUGUCCAUGGCCCGGCGAGAGUCCAAAUAUAUCGCCAAGUUGACAUAUAACUUUUUAUAAGUCGACUUGGCGAGAUAACGUAUCUCGCCAUGUCGACAUAAAACCUUUUAUAAGUCGACUUGGCGAGAUAACUUAUCUCGCCAUGUCGACAUAAUAAGGUUAUUAUGUCGACAUGCAUGGCAAGAUAAAGUAUCUCGCCAAGUCGUCAAGUCGAUGACACUUUAAAGGCACCGUACUUUUGACUGAAUGAAACAGAAAUCUGUAUGACCACAGACUCAUACAUCAAAUCCAUCGUGGGCUGUUGAUGUCAUAUUCGACUUGAAAGCAAUAUAAAAGUUCAAUACCAUUUCAACUUAAUCUUCUGUUCGAUGGUUUAAUGGACAGGAUCUGAAAAUUUCUAAACGUAAACAGAUUCACUGAAACAAUUAUUAACUGUAUUACGAACUGUCUCCUGUCUUUUUUUUCAAUAUGAUUUCACCCAGUCGUAUUCUCUCUUUGAUACCUAAGCCUAGCAGCUAAGCUUUGCAAGAAUAAAAUUGUGAGGAAUAAAAUCAUAAGCUUUAUGUAGAUCUAUAGGAAAAUACAUACCACCAAUAACAUGUUUUGAUUAAAAGGUUUAUCAUACAAAACUUAAGUUAAACGUGUAGCAGUGAAAAAAAGAUGGUCUGAACCCCGACAGUAAGCUAGGAGUGUAUUGAUAGUAUUGCUCUCACCAUAAUCAUACCUAUGAAGUGAGGCAGAUCUUCCUUAGACGCACCGAUAAUCACCGUCACCUUAUGUGCAUUAAUGAGAACGUACAGGUGUUGCGAUAAUUUAGCGACUACCAUGACUACUAUAAUGCUUAUCUGGGGAGUGUUUCAUCAACAUUUUCAUCCGACAAGUUGUCAGAUCUGACAUCUUUCCCUGCAUGUUGAUUGGCUGAAAAGGCACUGUUGCUAUGGAAACUGUCGGAUAAAAUGGGACUUGUCGGAUAAAACGUCCGACAAGUCCUUUCAUGAAACGCUCCCCUGAUCUCACAACUGAACAGUUUCUCUGGACUUGAUCUUCGUUGUCUAAAGCCCUGUUCCAGAAUGUACUGUACCUUUUAAUCAACAUGUUGUAGCAGCAAACUUGAGAAGCAGACGAUUUUUGUGAUAUAAAAAUUAAUGUGUUAUUAUGAGAUUCGCACACUUCCGCGCACACCUAAAGACCUUAACAACAUCAAGAGAUAUAAGAUCUUAUUCACGAUAUGACCCGUGGAUAUCUGGAAUAUUAUAGGGUGAAACUUGGAAAAUGUGAUUAUAAAUGAUAAACAAUCAAUUACAAUAUUACCUCUGUCUUAAAUAUGCAUAUAUUUUCCCAAACACAUUGAACUGAGAUUACUAAAACUGUACAUCGAUUUUCCAGGAUUUAGUGCAAAAAAUCUCUUUUCUCAUUGUCACUCCUUGUUUGGCCAUUUGUAAAAAAAAAAAAAAAUUGAAACGUAUUCUGUUCAAGGCACCCGUCUUUAUUUUUGAUGCACAAAUAUCAUCGGGGCAUGCCUAUCACAAACAUUUAACGGUGCUUUUAUAGCAGUGCCAUAACUUUUCAACAUCAAAACCAUCUGAAUAAAAUUCAUUCUAAUCAACUUUACUUACAUCCUCUUUGAACUUAUUACUAUUAAAGUAUUUAAAGGAGCGAAGUUUUGUUAUUUUUGGAGAAAGAGAUCUAGAUAUUUGCCUUCAUUGCAGCAUAUAUCACAGAGUGAUUACAUCGUUAAAUCGGAUGAAAUUUGACGAAAUUGGACCAGAAAACCUAUACAGUGGAACAGCUAGCCCCUGGCCAAAGCCAUAGUAUGUUUUAUUUAAAUUAAUAGAUCAUACUAUGGCUUUGGCCAGGGGAUGUUCCACUCGUCUUAACCCUCAUAACCCUCGCAUUAAUUAUGAAUUUGUAUUAAAUACGAAUUCAUAAUUAAUGCCAGUGUUAUGACGGUCAAGACGAUGUGCUGUCCCGAUCCACCAACUUUCGAUAAUGACCCCUAAUCUGUCCAUUUUUAUUUUGAUGGGCAUUUACAAUAGAUUUAUACACUAACGUCUUGUUUAAACUGUUUAAACAGCGUUGUACCAAAUUCCUUAAAGCGGUAGCGGACGAUUCUCCUCGUAUACUCUCUCAUUGUCUUAACUAACUCCUAGAUUCACAUUUGGUUUUAUUGUCCCUUCUUAUCCAUCUCAGAUGGCUAUUAUGUUAAAUGUCAACGUCGUUCGAUUUUCCUUUCUUCUGUUCCCUUCUCAUUCCUUCGUCGGGUCAUUCAUUGCUACGCGCGGUAUCGCGAAUGCGGUAUGUUUUAUCGAUUGAAGUAUUGAUUGGUUACAUAAUUAUGUGUGAUGCUCGUAUAACUUUUCAUUGCAAGUGGUCAAUGGCUGGACCGUGGCAUGGUCAUUAUCUUUUAUAUAAAGGCAGUGUUAAAAUCGAAGAAGAGAAUGCGGAGAUUGACAUUUGCGACUUGACCUUAUAUAGGGCGUCACAUACAGGGAAAAGAUGGUGACAAUGUUUGAAACAUCGAAGAACGUCGCUGGCAGUUUUGAAUGCUCCAAAAUCACCAAGUGGAAAAAAAAAACAGUUCGGCUGAAUUCUUCGUCUGUAUGAAGCUUUCCAAUCAUUCUUGACUACUCCUGUAAACUGUGACUUUUCGCGAAAAGUAGCAAAAGUUAAGGUUUCUGCUGCAUUUUUUGUGUUAGAAAAGUGGACAUGCACCCGGGAAAUAAAAAUCGUUGGCAUUUCUUCCUUUGACCUGAAGAGUUUACCAUACAUGCAGAGGAAGCGACGGAGAUUUCGGAUUGGAGAAGAACCAGAAUUCAAUAAGAUAAAAACCUUCCCUCGCAUCUUAAUUCGAUAAUAGUGCUUCCUUUCUUACUGAUCCCGUUAUUCCUUUUCAACGAAUUCAAGCUCCGAAAUCUGCAACAAUAGACUUCUAAAUCUUGUUGAUAUCUUCGCAUUGUUCGUGUGACAGAUAGUAGACCAUCGCAUUAUCAUCGUUUCUUUCAUUGCGUUGAAAUAUUGAAUGGGAUAAGUCGGCUUAUAGAGCUUUGGCAAUAGCUUGGAUUGAUGACAUCGAAGGGAUAUCGAUCAAUACAUCAAAAUGAUACAAGAGAGAUUAACCCUGAGAGGGUUUAUCGCAUUUACAGUAGCUUUUCGUUUACCUAGCUCUUGAGAAGCCCGUGCGGGAUUCGGUCACCUGAGAUUUAUCAGUCAUUUUAUGGAGUAGCGGAACUCUAGACUACUCUGUGUCUGUAUAAUAAUUUAACCAUUUAAAGCAGAUUGCCAAUCAACGUGCCAAUCGAACAGAAACAAGGAUUUAUUCACUCUUUGUCAGCUUAAAACAUUUACUGCAAGUGAUUGUGACCCAUUCAAUCUCCAAUACUUUCGUCGUAUGCAAUCAAUGCAGAUCAUUUGAUAUCCGGCACUUCUAUUCUCCUAAACAUCGGAAGAUAGUACUGGACAAUACUUUGAGGACUUAACCAUAAAAAUAAAAAUCGAAUUAUGGAAUGAUUUGGAAAUAUCAUAAACGAGCGGACUGAUAUUUAUUUAGCUAUAUGUUCUGAGGUAACGUCGGGGAAACAUUCAAUGACUACCGUAGGCACAUGAUGACUUGGCGUUAACAUCUGUCUUCCAAAUCCAAGUUGGAAAAUUAUGUCGCAAUCGGCAUUUCUUUUCUUUGAAACAAGGGUAGCAACCUCAGGUGAUUUCAUACUCAUUCGAAAAGGGAUAUCUUAAGAGUUAUACAUUAUACCACGAAUAUUCAUAGAAUGCACAUUUGUUAUCAUCAUGAUCGCAGGUCCUCCAAAAGGAGGUCGUCUCAUAUUCUCCUAAUUUUUCAACCACUAGCCAUUCCAUGGGGAAUGUCCGAUAAUUCUAAUGCUGUCGGAGAAGUUGUCGAGCGAUAAGAAACGUAUUCUGCAGUCGUAUCCAAGUUGUCUCAGAAAAAAAAUUCAAAACCAGUUGACAAAGGAUAAUAACGUGGAGGGAAGUGAUUGGAUCAGAAUGUCGGCGGCAUCAAACACGCAGCACAAGGUCCAAGAUGACAGUAAAGGCAUUUCUAAACUGUUCUCCAGAAUGACCAAGGUUCAUGAAGUCAACCGAAAACAUGACCACGCCCUUAGCGUCAGGGUCGACGAGCUGCGCCAGAAGGAGCACAUGGAGAGAGUCCGGCGCUAUUCGGACGUUCGGGUCUUACAACGCACCCUCUCCGAGAUGCAGAUGGAAAAGAGUCGAAUGACGCACACCUUCACGCCAGAGGAAAUCGACAAUGACGAGGUUGCUCCGGUCAUGUCCUGGCGUAAGAUUCAACUGAAGCGAUUCCAAACUCAGCCCAGGGUCAGGCAGCGGAGGAGAUCGAACGCUGCUCAGACACUCCUUGCCGUAACAGAUAACACGGAAUUCACCGCAAAGAAUAAGUUCAGGUCGGCAGUAAUGGCGGUGUGUCUGUCCAAAGCUCUAUUAAAGAUACCUGAAAAGAACAAAAUGAGUGAAACAUCAGAGAAUCAAACAGUUCGACUUGAAAAGAAUAAGAGUGUCUCGACCAUAAACUGGAUAAAGCAAUUGAAGCACGCGAAUGAAGACAAACUAGCUCCAACGCACACGCCAGAUAAAAUUGAAAGCAUUGAACCGAAAAAUGAGACGGAGAAGUGCGAAUCCUCGAGGCCCGAAACGUCGGAAACAGAACGAUCAUCACAGGUCCUUGAUAUCUUGAGGAACAGUUCAGCAGAGCAGAGUAAAUCCUCGUGGGCAAGACCAGCAGAUAAAAAAGUCAACCCUGUACCGACUUUCGGUCAACUGCACCCAGCGCGUCGUUCGUCAUUGCCCCGUCGACCCGGUGACCCCAAAAGAAGGCGACCGUCGACAUCAGAUAAUAUGGACAAUGACUCCCCGCAGUUUUUUAUGGACAAAACUGGAACAGUUCGCCGACUUUCAAGGCCAACGAUCAAGGACGACAUCGACGAUCAAGGAAGUCGAGGGUUAAGAUCGCAUAGUUCUUCAGAUCCUGGUGGUAGUACGAGGGGAACACCAAGAACUUGCAAGGUAUAUUCCGCAGACUCGUCGCGUUGGGACGCAUUGAACGACGCGUCGGAGAGUAAAAACGGAACGGUGCAGUCGCCCUUGGAAAGGAAAAAAAGUGAGCUGCUGAAGAGAGACAAUGAGGUAAUGGAGAGGCUGCGUAAGUUCCUCGACUCGACGAUGCCGUGAGAUUGAGUUCAUUAAUUCAGUGAGAUAAAUACAUUAAAGACAUUAUGGCCGUAUUUUGAAGCCAAGUUUAACGUAGGCCUUGGUCUAACUGGCUCAAAGUGACCAAGAUUUGCUUACGUUGUAUAUUUCUAACAUUUGCUGUGCUCCUUCGUCAUGCUUUAAUGACUAAAAAACUUUUUAGUUACUAUUUCAAAGUAUUUAUGAAUUAUUUGAAUGUCAAAUGAGCUGAUAAAUUGAAUCUUUGCCGUCAGACAUGUGUGCCACAUUUUUGGUAUCAAUAGAUAAACUACAACUUUAGACCAGAGUCUGAAUUAGACCUGACAUCAGAAUACGGCAGCACUGGGGGCUUCGGAAGACUCCUAAAACUUCUUCAUUUUCAAGGUUUUCAUGCGCAUUGAACAGACAUAGAGUAUUUUAGCAUAUAAUUAUACAGUGCGCAUAAAAAAAACAGGACAAAUUAGAAAAGUCUAUACAAUUUUUGUUCCAAAUUAUGAUCUCUAUAUUUUGGUGUCAAUAGGUGCUCUGAGCUAGUCUUAUCCUUCAAAUGCCAUUAAAAUAAUUUAGUUUCGUUCAUGCUUGAGCUAACACGGAAUGUUUUUGUCUGGGGCUAAAAAGGAGGCUUGCGCCAAAAUGGCAUAAAAUGAUAAAUAUGAUGGUCGGACUUUUCGCUAAUCAGCAGACUUCCUUUUCAUUAUCUUUGCCAUAAUUUUCGAAUUAUGCGGUCAAAAUUAUAUUUCCAAAUCUACUUAUUUGCUUGAAUAGUUCUGUUGUUGUUCCUUUUUAUUAUGUUCUCUUUCAGCUUUGAAUAUUCCUUCUUUAGGCAAGAACAUUUUUUUGUAACCGAAGUAUGAAAAUCUUUUAUUGUGUGCUACAAAGGUUAUGGUGCCUUUGAACAGUGGCAUACUGAUGGGUGGGGGCUCGGGGUGCCCCCCCCCCAUAAAAAAGAUAAUGACCAAGAAAAAAAGUGGAAAGGAAAAUGACAUAAAACGUAGAAAGUGAAAUAUGAUAUCAUUUUAUGAAUAUUAUGUCUAUAUCACAAAAUUUGAUAUUUUGAUAAAAAAGUGAUUUUUUUUUGCUUGCUCGCUUCACAACUUUUUAAUACGUUUUACCCGAUCUGCCAUAUCUUGCUCCUUCAAAAUCGACUCAAUACACCAUUGCCAUUGAAAGACAUGAAUCCUUUCCUGUUUGUCCUGUCAAGCACAUAGUUGGUGAAGGAUUCAAUAACCCCUUGAAAAUAGGAUUCAUGUCUUUUAUAGGUACCAUAACAUAAUUUGUUUCACAUAAUAAAAGGAUUUGAAUAAUUACACAUUCUCCCAAUUGAUAAUGCAAAUCUUCUUACUUGGGUUGACAAAAAGGUCUUCUUUUCUUACUUAUGAAGGACAAUUCAAAGGUAAAAGAGGCUUAAAUGAAAAACAAAAUAAUUCAGGUUACUUAAUAAAUAAAUAUGUAAAUGAAAUUUGACAGCAUAUUUUGAAAAUUAUGGCAAAGAUAAUGAAAAGAUUAAGAGGAAGUCUGCUGUUUAGCCGAAAGUCUAAUCAUCAAAUUUCUAAUUUCUGCCGUUUUGGCGCAAGCCUCUUUUUGAACCCCCAACAAAAACGUCCCAUGAUCGCUCAAGCAUGAACAAAAUCUAUUUUUGUUAAUUGCAUGUCAAAGAUAAGGUCUCAGAGCAUCUAUUAACAUCAAAAUAUAGAUAUAAUAAUUUGAAACAAAUUUGUUAUAAAAUGGUUUAGGGUAUAUACUUCGGUUCAUAAAAAAUCAUUAAAAAAUGAUAUAACAACUUUUGCUGGAAUGUCAACUAUCAUAACAGCAGUCAAAAUUCUGCUGUUUGAUUGGCGCUUCCAAUGAAUAUUGACAUUCUACCAAGAGUUGCUAUCAUAGCAGCAUUUUAUGAAAUGGGACACACAAAACUCCAUUUAACCCCGUUUACAUACGCUGGAAUAUUCAUGAAAAAAUACGGCCUUGGGAUGUGAUACUUUUGAUUGCGUAUGUGAACGGGAUGAGUGCUCCAUCGUGAACGGCAUUUUGCCUAUUUUAAGCUGAAAUUUACGUGGUCAGUUUUCAAAUUAGACCUUAGACAAGAUUAUAAAUAUUACCAUAAUUUUGCGGAAAGUGAACUUGUAACAUGUUCACAUCUACGUGAGACAUCGUCUUAUCUGUGAUGAGUUUUUCAAAUUUUAUCUGAGAUAUAAAAAGUUAUCUCAUAAUUUCAAUUUAAAUUCGGUCUGCACCCAUAUAGGCCCGUAUUCUGAAGUCAGGUUUAACUUAGACCAUGGUCUAACUCCGUACUAAAAUUAUGGGAAGCCAAGAAAUAAAAAAUUAAGUUUAUAUUUUACAUUUUUUAUGUUUAAUAUUUUGUUUCCUUUUGCUUUCGUAGUGAAGAAAAUACUCCAGUUAUCAUUCCCAGACAAUUAUGAACAUUUUGGGUGUCAUAUGAGUUAAUAAAUUGAAUGUUUACUGUUAGGGAUUUGUGCCCCGAUUGGCUCUCCAUACUUAAACCACAACUUUAAACCCGACUUCAGGAUACGGGCCAUAUUAUAUCUACUUUCGUUUGACUCAUCCACAUUCAUGGGGCUGUAUUCUGAAAAUUGUUAAGAAGACAAAUAUUCUUGUAUCAUCAUAGUUACAAUAAAAUCCGUAUUCUGAAAA